AUGGGGGGAGGCGGGGCCAUGGCCCCUGCAGGCACCAAUGGGGGCGUCAAUGGGGGCGUCAAUGGGGACGUCAAUGGGGACGUCAAUGGGGGCAUCAAUAGGGGCGUCAAUGGGGAUGUUAAUGGGGGCUUCAAUGGUGACGUCAAUGGGGGCAUCAAUGGGGACGUCAAUGGGAUCUUCAAUGGGGACUUCAAUAGGGACGUCAAUGGGGGCAUCCAUACGGACAUCAGUGGGGACGUCAAUGGGAGCCCCAAUGGGGCUGUUAAUGGGGGCACCAAUGGGGGCUUCAAUGGAGGCACCAAUGGGGACAGCAUCUUCAAUGGGGACAUCUCCAAUGGGGACUUCUCCAAUGGGAGCAUCAAUGGUGGCAUCUCCAAUGGGAGCAUCAAUGGGGACAUCUCCAAUGGAAACAUCAAUGGGGACAUCUUCAAUGGGGACUUCAAUGGGGACAUCUCCAAUGGGAGCAUCAAUGGGGGCAUCUCCAAUGGCAGCAUCUCCAAUGGGAGCAUCAAUGGGGACAUCUCCAAUGGCAGCAUCUCCAAUGGGAGCAUCAAUGGGGGCAUCUCCAAUGGUGGCAUCUCCAAUGGGAGCAUCAAUGGGAACAUCUCCAAUGGGGACUUCAAUGGGGACAUCUUCAAUGGGGACUUCAAUGGGGACAUCUCCAAUGGGGACAUCGAUGGUUGCAUCUCCAAUGGUGGCAUCUCCAAUGGGGACAUCUUCAAUGGGGACUUCUCCAACGGUGGUGACAUCAGUACUGGCAUCGCCAAUGGUGGCUUCAGCCACAAGGACAUUGCCAAUGGGGGCAUCUCCAAUGGCUUCACCUCCAAUGGGAGCACCAAUGGGGACAUCUCCAAUGGCUUCACCUCCAAUGGUUGCACCUCUAACAACAGCAGCUCCAAUGGGAGCAUCAAUGGGGACAUCUCCAAUGGGGACAUCUCCAAUGGGGACAUCUCCAAUGGUGGCAUCUCCAAUGGGAUCAUCAACGGCAUCACCUCCAAUGGCAUGACCUCUAACAACAGCAUCUCCAACAGCAUCAUCUCCAAUGGUGGCAUCUCCAAUGGGAGCAUCAAUGAGGGCAUCAAUGGGGACAUCUCCAAUGGGGACAUCUCCAAUGGGAGCAUCAAUGGGGACAUCUCCAAUGGUGGCAUCUCCAAUGGGAGCAUCAAUGAGGGCAUCAAUGGGGACAUCUCCAAUGGGGACAUCUCCAAUGGGAGCAUCAAUGGGGACAUCUCCAAUGGUGGCAUCUCCAAUGGGAGCAUCAAUGAGGGCAUCAAUGGGGACAUCUCCAAUGGGGACAUCUCCAAUGGGAGCAUCAAUGGGGACAUCUCCAAUGGUUGCAUCUCCAAUGGCAUCUCCAAUGGCGGCAUCAAUGGGGACACCUCCAACAGCAUCACCUCCAAUGGCGGCAUCUCCAACAAUGACAUCUCCAAUGGGGACAUCAUCUCCAAUGGGAACAUCUCCAAUGGGAGCAUCAAUGAGGGCAUCAAUGGGGACAUCUCCAAUGGGGACAUCUCCAAUGGGAGCAUCAAUGGGGACAUCUCCAAUGGGAACAUCUCCAAUGGGAGCAUCAAUGAGGGCAUCAAUGGGGACAUCUCCAAUGGGGACAUCUCCAAUGGGAGCAUCAAUGGGGACAUCUCCAAUGGUUGUAUCUCCAAUGAUGACAUCUCCAAUGGCAGCACCAAUGGGAGCAUCAAUGGGGACAUCAAUGGGGACAUCUCCAAUAGGGACUUCUCCAAUGGGAGCAUCAAUGGGGACAUCUCCAGUGGUUGCAUCUCCAAUGGUGGCAUCUCCAAUGGGAUCAUCAAUGGGGCCACCUCCAACAGCACCACCCCCAAUGGGGACAUCAAUGGGGCCACCUCCAAUGGGAUCAUCAAUGGGGCCACCUCCAACAGCACCACCCCCAAUGGGAUCAUCAAUGGGGCCACCUCCAACAGCACCACCCCCAAUGGGGACAUCAAUGGGGCCACCUCCAAUGGGAUCAUCAAUGGGGCCACCUCCAAUGGGAGCAUCAAUGGGGGCAUCAAUGGGGCCACCUCCAACAGCACCACCGCCAAUGGGAGCAUCAAUGGGGCCACCCCCAAUGGGAUCAUCAAUGGGGGCAUCAAUGGGAUCAUCAAUGGGGCCGCCCGCAAUGGGAUCAUCAAUGGGAGCAUCAAUGGGGGCAUCAAUGGGAUCAUCAAUGGGGCCGCCCCCAAUAGCACCACCCCCAAUGGGAGCAUCAAUGGGGCCACCCCCAAUGGGAUCAUCAAUGGGAGCAUCAAUGGGAUCAUCAAUGGGGCCACCUCCAAUGGGAUCAUCAAUGGGGGCAUCAAUGGGGCCACCCCCAACAGCCCCGCCCCCAACAUCUGCCCCUCCCCCCUCUUCCUCCUCCUCCUCUCCCAUCACCCCCGGUGGCCCCUCCCCCACCCUCCCCCCUUCCUCCUCCUCCUCCUCCUCCUCCUCCUCCUCCCCACCCCCACCCACGCCGCCACCUUCAAAGUAGGGGUCAUGGGACCUUGGUCAUGUGACCCCAUCCUAGCCCGGGCCUAUCCGGAGCUUGCUUCUCGCUUGGCCACCUCCCGCCUCAACGCGGACCCCAACUACAACGAAGCCUAUUGGUGGGAUCCUUUGGUCCUAUCAGAAGCUUGCUCCGCCCCCCAAGCCGCUAUGGGGCUGCUCAACGUGGAUCGUUACGCCUCCUCCUUAGUAGGCCCCAUAAACCCCGUUACUUGUGGGGCAGCCGCUCUCCUUAUGGCCGCUUGGAACAAACCCAUGGCGGCCUGGAGUUGCUAUGGGGCAGGGAGGGAGACGUUGGUGCCCCCUAUGCCGGGGGUGGUGGGGGUCCUGCAUUCGGUGCUCAGGUUCUUCCAUUGGGCCCACGUGGCCGUGGUGGCCGCCCCACAAGAGGCCUGGAGGGAAGUGGGGCGCGGGGUGGCCCAAGGGUUGAGGGCUAUGGGGCUGCCCGUGAGGGUGGUGGCCAUGGAAGGGGAGGAGGAAGAGGAGGUGAUGGAGGCGUUGAGGAAGGUGAAGAGGGCGGAUGGAGUGAGAGUGGUCCUCAUGUGCAUGCACUCGGUGCUGCUGGGCGGCCGGGAGCAGAAGCUCCUCCUGGAGACAGCCCAGGCCAUGGGCAUGGCCGACGGCUCCUACGUCUUCAUCCCCUACGACACCCUCACCUUCCCGCUGCCCUAUCAGAGCGCGCCUUACUCCAGCCUGGCCAAUAGCAGCCGCCUGAGGCGGGCCCACGACGCCGUCCUCACCAUCACCAUGGACUCGCCCCAUGGCUCCUUCCACCAGGCCCUGCUCCGAGCGCAGGAGGCCAAGGAGAUCCCUGCUUACAUCGACCCCAUGCAGGUCCACCCCCUCUUCGCCACCAUCUACAACUCCAUCCACAUCCUGGCCACGGCGGUGGAGGCGACCCGACGCGCCGGCCAUUGGGUGAUGGGCACCAGUGUGGCCCAGAGCUUCCAUGACCUCCACGUCCAUGGCUUCUGCCAGAGCUUCUCCAUUGACCGCAAUGGGGCCAUCACCGUCCCCUAUGUGGUGCUGGACACCGAUGGGCAAGGGGAUCGGUUGUGGCCGGUCUAUGGGGUGGAACCGGGGACCCAUGGAUUGAGGAGAAGGGAACGGGAGGUCCAUUGGCCCCAUAGGACUGGGCCGGGUGCUGAUGCUGGGUGUUGGUUCGAGGAGGGCUCCGUCUGUAAUGGGGGGCUGGACGCCACCAUUGUCCUCCUCAUGAUGGUCCUCAUGUGCACCCUGGCUGCUGCUGGUGCUGCCCUGGCCUGCUUCAUCAG